ACUCCUAUUUACAAGGGAUGAAGGAAAGAAAAAUUUGAAGGCGCCUAUGUUAUCCAACAUGAGUGAAGUUUCCUGCAAAAAACGGGAUGACUAUUUGGAAUGGCCUGAGUAUUUCAUGGCAGUGGCCUUCUUAUCAGCACAGAGAAGCAAAGAUCCAAAUUCCCAGGUCGGAGCCUGUAUUGUGAAUGCAGAAAACAAGAUUGUUGGCAUUGGGUACAAUGGAAUGCCUAACGGGUGCAGUGAUGACCUGUUGCCUUGGAGGAGAACAGCUGAGAAAAAGCUGGAUACCAAAUACCCCUAUGUGUGCCAUGCUGAGCUGAAUGCCAUUAUGAACAAGAAUUCGGCUGACGUGAAAGGCUGUAGCAUGUAUGUCGCCUUGUUCCCGUGUAAUGAAUGUGCUAAGCUCAUCAUCCAGGCAGGUAUAAAAGAAGUUAUUUUCAUGUCUGAUAAAUACCAUGACAGUGAUGAGACAAUAGCUGCAAGACUCAUGUUUGAGAUGGCUGGGGUUGCAUUCAGGAAAUUCACACCCAGGUGCAGCAAGAUUGUUAUUGACUUUGAUUCAAUUAACAACCGACUGAGUCAGAAGCUUCAGUGAGUUCAACCUCAUUAAAUCUACAGAAGUUUGGGACUCUCCUCUGCUAAGAAGCUGCUAUUGCCUUUCAUCUUAAAGUUGCGUGUAACUUUUUAAUAGCCAGCCCAGCACAAGUAGACAUGUAAAGAAUAUAAAGCCUCAAAUCUCUCUACUGUCCCUCCUGUCACACGGAAUCUACAUCUGUUUAAACUAUUGAUUUAGGGUUGGAAAUAAGGAAACCUGCAGAUGGCCUGUCACACAAGGCUGGAGUAAGGGUGUCUUUUCCCUUGUGACCUGGUUCACUGGGAUCCUGAUUGGUCUGCAGAAGAGCGUUGCCCCUCUGUCAUCCACUACAUUUCAGUAGCCACUUCUGCGUGUGUGCUGUAAGGACACAUAAAUAAUUGUUUGUGUUCUUCACGGGUAUGGCAGCCACACUGAUGUGCACAUCUGGCCCAAGUGAAGCAUGACAUAUAAUGCCCUUGGGGAAAAAAUGGCACCCAAAUGACAGUAGCAUUAAAGAAUUUUUUCUGCAGAUUUGAGGGAGGCCUCCUACCUACCCAACCAGAAAACCUAGAUCGGAUGGCACAUCUGUCCUGACAGAUGAUCAGCACCAUUAAACCAGGAAUAUCUCCUCUGUUCCUGCUAUCCUUUUACAUGCUGGGUAGUGGCACAUCAUCCUCUGGGGGUGGGACCCCUAUUGUUCUGGCCUCUUAUUUUUGGUUUGUUGGUCACAUGGAGCUGUUACAUUUAGUUUAUCUGAGUAAUGAAUGGUUCCCAGAGGGCACAGCUUGUCUCAUUGCCACCCCACUAGACCACGCCCUGCUGUUGUAGCAGCUGGGAUUGCACGGUGGGAGGUGUUGGGCACCCCCCACCUCUGCUGCUUCUGCUGCGUAGAAACAGGUUGCUCCCUCUGCAUGCCAACAUGGUUCAUUUCCAAGGGUGCUCCCUAACCAGAGAUUAAGUUAAUUCCUAUCCUGCAAGUGAAUUGUGAGAAUUCUGCCCACCUGGAGGCGGUUUAUUCCAGGUCUGUUGGUGAUGGAAGCUCAUUUGUGCUGGCAACAUGCCUUCAUCUACCUAAACAUCACCCUAAACAUGCUUGAUACCUUUGUUAAGAAAAUGGUUUCUUUAUAUUAAAAGUUACUACCUUUUUUUGAAUGCCCUUAUAUUUUCAAGAAUUUUUAUUUUGUCUCUGAGGUUUUGUACUCUAUGCUCUAGGACAUUUUAUGAUUUGGCUCCUUGCUACUAUUAAAAUCUUAUUAAAAUUUACCACACCGAAGUAUGUUCAUGUUUAUAUUACAACAGUUACAUGUUUAA